UACACAAACCUAUUUAGGAGAGGAUUUAUUGAAGAAUCAGUUAUUGCAAGCUUGAACCGAAUAUGUAUUGCAAAUGUAACAAAUGUCGGUUGAAUUCAGAGUGAAGAAGACAAAUGAACGAAAGGAUUAGCCAGGCAUUUUGCUAACAUAUUAACCGAUAUCAGGUAGUUUUUCUGUUCGUUUACGAACUAAUAACUCUUCAAGGAGAUACUAUUAUUUAUAAGUAUACGUAAAAAGUGAGUAUCGUAUUUUAAAGAUUGUUAAGACACGCGAUGUGAACGAGAACAUCGAGCGCUUGGAAUGUUAGUACUGACCGGGCAUAGGAACGUUUAAUUGAAAGGAGCAAAAAGGAUUACCUCAGACAUGGAGGGAGUAAAUGCUACACUAGCCCACCCUCACCAGCUGCCAUCAGUGAUAAACACUACAAUGGCCACUAAUUUCACACAGGAUGAUUUACACUCUUUUUUAACAGAUAAACUCGGGCCUCGUCGACGCCCGAUGCCCGAAGUGAUAAGUCUGACGUUUGUCUAUACGUUGAUCCUUGUAACGGGGGUCAUCGGAAACGUAUGUACCUGUCUUGUUAUCACUAGGAAUCACUACAUGCAGACUGCUACCAACUACUACCUAUUCAGUCUAGCCAUAUCUGAUGUUUUAACUUUAAUCUUAGGUCUACCCCCCGAGCUCUACUCCAUAUGGGAGGCGUACCCAUACGUAUUCGGAGAACCCUUCUGCAUCUUUAAGACAUUCGUGAGCGAGACAACAUCUUAUGCAUCAAUAUUGACUAUUACAGCAUUUACCAUAGAAAGAUACAUCGCCAUAUGCCACCCAAUUCGCUCACAUACGAUGUCUAAUCUCCCACGGGUGGUGCGGAUCAUCGUCAUACUAUGGGGCAUCGCGUGCGUAUUCGCGCUCCCCUAUGCGAUACAUACCAGGACGUUCUAUUUUCUUGCGAUACCCGGGACGGCGACCGAUACUUAUUUCGGGGUUCCCAUUCAGAGUUCACUGCAGUGCAAUAUUCUACCCGUUUGGAUCUCUAGAAUAAAAUACAUGUUUCAAAUAACAACAUUUUUAUUCUUCUUUGCUCCAAUGACUCUGAUUUCUAUCUUGUACAUACUAAUUGGGAUUCAAUUGAGAAAAUCUGGAAAACGUCUAGGGCAGCGAAAAAACGAAUCGUUCAAUUCAAAUUGCGGAAAGGCACAGAAGCAAUCAAGGAGAACCGUUUUGAAAAUGUUGGCAUGUACGGAGGAGCAAAAUGGGGACAAAGUCGAUGAUGUUCGUUCAAAGGAUGGACAUACGAGGCUGACCUUACAACAUUCGGGAGAUAAAAACGAUGUGCACAUUUUGCAUAUGUACUUAGUUGCUGUAGUUGUGGCGUUCUUCGUAUGUUGGGCGCCAUUUCACGCCCAGAGAUUGAUGACGACAUACGUAGAUGUGUGGACGCCUAAAUUGAUAGAUGCGCAAAGUACACUUUUCUAUAUAUCAGGUGUUCUGUACUUCGUUAGCUCUACAGUUAAUCCAAUACUAUACAACCUUAUGUCCAAAAAAUAUCGGCAAGCGUUCAGAGAUACCCUUUGUAAAUGCUUCAUUUCUCGAAACCAGAGGGCGAUAAGCAGACUGGAACGAACUGGGACGUAUUUCGCGUCAAACAACAGAGAGAGCGAAUACGUUCGAAGGGAAGGUGGGGGAAGUAAUAAUGGAAAUACCCCACGCCUAACCAGGCUCUACUCGAACGAUACGGAUGAUCCACCUAACGUCCCACCAACGACAACAUUCGUAAACUAUAGCGCUAUUAAUGGGCAAUCUCCGCAAACACUUCCACUUAAUAGUGAUCAUAGGCAAAACGAUUAUAGUCCUUGGAGUGAAACUAUAGGUAUGGCCACUCAUAAGCAGAAUGGUGCCAAGAUUCAGCUUGUAACUGCACCUGAUGGCAAACCUAAAUACAACGGGACAUUUGUGUAAACACGGUAACGAAGUGGAGCAGUACAUAUACAUAUUAUGAUAAUAUAAGUUAAUGUAAAGAUGGCAGCAGCUUAGCACUUGUUUUGUACUUGACAAGAAUUAACGUUCAUACACUGCCUUUGUGGAAAGAGUCUUCAACCUACAACUGCAUGGACUUAAUAUACUUAUAUAGGAUCCUGAAUACAUUCGGCAUCCUUGAAAUCACACAUUUUAAGGAUUUAAGCCCUAGAAUCAGUGAAAUGUGGAAUGACCAUUCCUUAAAUUUGCACGAGAUGUGCCAGCAUCGAAUGUUAAUUUUUAGGAAACAACACCGGAUGAAAGGAAUGGUCAUUCCACAAUGCAUUGAAAAUAUUUUCAACAACAAGAAACAAAAUUACCAAAAAUAACGUAUUUUCAGUGAAACUUUAAUUCUGCUCUUUGACAUAAAAUACAAUAGGGUGAGGGAGCGAAUAAGGCAAUCAGGCUGGGGGGGAUGGUCGGUAUAAAAUCAGGAGAAU